CUUCCCUACAUACUGAUGUUGCUUCUCAGAAUGCCCUAACACAGGGCUAUAGACAAUAGGAACGACCUCGGCAAUCAACACGACUGACGCUUCGCCUUACACCAGCACAUGGAAUCGUCAUACCAUACACGGUCGAGAAGAUAACAAGGACCCCUGAAAAGUGCAAACGUGAACAUACUCCAAGGGGCAGUCUAAUCCUGGUCGUUACUAAGUUAAAGAAGUAGCCGUUACUUUGGAGGAGCAACAGAAUGUGGGCCAAGAGGUUUCUAUUGCUUAUAGUAAUCACGGCUGCGUUGUUGGAGGUUACUUUUGCGUCUGUAGCUUCACCGCCCCCGUCACCCAAGCCGCCCUCCCCCAAGCCGCCACCUCCCCCACCUCCACCUCGCAUCCGACCGCCUCCACCUCCCCGACCACCCAGCCCACGGCCUCCCAGCCCACCCCCGUAUCCCAGUCCGCUCCCACCCGCACCUAAGCCACCCUCACCACCUCCCAGCCCGCAGCCUCCCAGCCCUCCCUCCCCCAAGCCCCCGAGUCCCCUUCCCCCCUCCCCGCCGUCGCCCCCACCCAGCCCGCUACCUCCCUCGCCCCAACCUCCGUCACCCAGGCCGCCCUCUCCGCCUCCCUCGCCCUCACCCCCUUCUCCUCGGCCUCCUUCGCCGCCGCCCCCCACACCUGCACCUCCCUCACCUCCACCCCCUUCUCCACCGCCCCCCUCUCCUCCGCCGCCUUCGCCACGACCGCCUUCGCCCUCACCUCCCUCGCCUCUGCCCCCAUCUCCCGAGCCGCCCUCGCCGCCACCUCCCUCACCUGCUCCUCCCUCACCUGACCCGCCUCCCUCACCGCCCUCACCUCCGCCACCCCCCGUUGUCUACUGGGCCACCUCCGCCGCGGGGCCCAAGUUCACCGGCGCUGACCACCCGGGCUCCGCUAGCUUUGUGGUGGGGCCUCCCGGGCCCUUUCUGAUGAACGGGAAGGGCUGCAGGCCAUCUGCCGACUACGCCUGGGUCCCAACAAGGGAGACUCCCCGCAGCCUGAUCGCGUACUACGGCCAGAGCCCGGCUGCCCGAGUCAGCCAGGUGGCGGCAGUGGUGGUGUUCGUGGCCAACCGCGGCAGCCUGGACCCCGCCAUCACCGCCAUCGACCUGCAGCUCAGGACGAUCAGAGGCCAGCAGAAGACACAGGCAGGCACGUUUUGGGUGAACCUGUACAAGGGCGGCAUCGGUCAGGAGCUCACGUGCCCGGGGCUCAACCACUUUGACCUCUCGUCGUCGGCGGCUACCGGUGCUAACGGAACGUUGGCCAAGUUCAAGGACGCCGAGAUGGUUGGCGUACGAAUCAACGUCCUCAACGCGGUGGUUGCUGCCAAGGCAGACCUGCCGCACCUGGCAGCGGUUGGGCUGCAACUGCUGGGCUAAUUAUGUACUGCUAUGACGUGACUAUAAUAUAGAGAUUGAGUCAGCAGUGGGGACGGGAACAUGCAUACACGCUCGAAGGGCAUAGCCACUGCUCAAUUACGGCCAGCCAUAGCUGCGCCGAUCUGCACGGACCAAACCUUGCCUGUCCAACAGAUCUGAGCAACAAGUACAGUCGUAUGGAUUGAUGCCUUUUUGGGGGACAUGCGACCCAUGGGUCGUCAGGUAUGUCGUCCUAAGUGGUUAGCUGCCGUUGCAGAUCUUACAGUGGAGAGGGACAAGCACGCCCAAGGGCGGCCCUCCCUGUCGUCUGGUCCUUUGGCAAUACGUUUUGAGGGCUCUCUUUCCGUUUUUCCUAUAGAAACCAACAUUCAUCCCUGUGGUUGUAUGUCCCAACCAGGGGAAGGUGCUAGAUUUGUAUGCCGCCGUUCUGUUGUCUUGUUUCUACACCUGAUUACGUGUAUAAGCCUAACUAUCACCUUGUAUCCAAACGCUUUCGGUCGCAUUCGCCGAGAGUCGUGCGAUGCAGAAGGGCGGCCUGAGAUGAGCCAAAGCAAUCGAGUUGGGUUACGUGGUGUGUAUGGGCCACUAAUACCUGGGAUUGUGCUUCCCGCCGUGCGAAUUUGUGGCCGGAAAGUGUGCUUUUCUUUACGUGUUGUGGGGCUCGUUCGUGUGUAUUGUUCUUUUCAUCAUAGUAACGUUCGUUUCGCUUGUGCCCAUACCUUAGGGUCUUGCACUUCACCAUCCCCUUUGGCUGAUUAUAAGUGUUGCGUGGUACUAGUAGUGGUUGGGAUCUUAAUCAGCAAGUAGCAGGGUCGAACUACCACCGGUUGUUGGAGCACGCAAAGCCGUACGUACAGCUAUGUAACUACCAGAAAGACG